GUUUAAAAUCAAUUAGAUGAGAUUAAUAUUAAUUUUAGAAAAAGCAUAUAGAAUAGGGUAAAAGAGUGUAUAGAUUUAAUUUAAAAAUGUGAUUGUAAAGUUGGAAGAUGCUAGAAUGUAUAAGAAAGAGAGUAAUAAAGAGAGAAUAGAAUUUGUAAGUAAUAUAAUGUGUAUAGGAAUUGAAUAUAUGAGUGUGAUAAUUGAUAUUUAAUUAAUUUAAUGAGUGAUUUGGUAUAAUUCAAAGAGUCAAGAUAACGAGGGAUUGAUGAAUUCCAUACAAGUUAAGAUAUGAUCUAUUAUAUAAUAUCUAAGAAGUAUAACAUUUAAGAUAUAAAUGAAUAGAUGGUUGGAAGAGUGGUUAGAAAGUGAAGAGAAAGGACAUCCUUUAAACAAUUAUUCUUGUGUAAAUUCAGAUAUAAUUUUAUCUAAACCAUCAACAAUCUUUAAGUAUGAUCCAAUUUAAAGUCAUAUGUGGAAUAAGAUAAUGCAACCAAAUCUUUAAGAGGGAGUAGAUUAUGAAAUUUUAGAUAAAGCAACUUGGGAAAUCAUAGCUCGAAAGUGUGAAUAUUUUUGAUUAUUUAGAUACCACGUGAUGGCAAUUGAACGAGAUGCGACAAUAAUAAAUGGAAAGAAACAAGUAAAUGUCAAUCUAGUACCUUUAAAUUUUGGAGUAGUGUUUCCUUCUUCACUUAGGAAAUUUAAUGGAGCGAAAUCAGUAUCACUUAUUAAAGGAGACUAGUAUGUCACUCGAACAUACAAAUUAUCUUCAUUUAUUGAAUUGUUAGCAAAUACUUUAUAGACAGUGUACGUAAUUAUCAUUUAAUCAUUUAUAGUAGCGGAUAUCAAUUCGUUAAACAUGAUGGAAUUAGACUUUAUAAAUCACCAUUAGGUUAGACUCUUUAAGAAAUAGAAAAACAUAUAUCUGAUGAAAUUAAAAGUCUUGGACCUUAAGAUGAUAUAGUUUUUGAUUUUAAAGAAGGUGAGUAUUUGGAUCCACUUAAAUAUGAAACUAUUGAAGAUUGUUAAAUAGCACCAGGCUAAAUUAUUCUAGGAGAUUUUAAAGAAAUUUAAAAGAAUUGGGCUAUUAAACAUCCCAAUUUUCCUAUGGAAGGAAAAUGUGAAGGUUGUUACAAUUUUAAAGUUCUUUAAUUUCCAUGUGAAUGCAAAAAAGUAAGUUAUUGUACAGAAGAAUGUAAAAAAAGAGAUGAAACCUAUCAUUUACCUAGAUGUGAAAAGACUGAUUCUGAUGAUGAAACUAUGGAUAAACUUUAAAGAAAUGAAUAAUCUUUAGAUGGCAAAGUUGGAUUAAAAAAUCUAGGCAAUACAUGUUUUAUGAAUUCAGGUAUUUAAUGUCUUGGUAAUACAUAUCCAUUAAGAGAAUACUUAUUAUCAAAUGUAUAUAAAUAAGAUAUUAAUGAAUUUAAUACUUUGGGAACAAAAGGAGAAUUAGCUUCUAAAUUUGCUCAUCUCUUAAGAAGAAUGUGGUAUGCUGAUAAAACACCAAUACCUCCAUUUUCACUCAAAAGAGCUAUUGGAAAAUUUUAACCGUAAUUUUAAGGAUUCUAAUAACAUGAUAGUCAAGAAUUAAUUACAUAUUUAUUAGAUGGAUUAAAUGAAGAUUUAUGUAGAAUCAAAUAAAAACCUUAUGUUGAAAGAAAAGAUUAUGAUGGUAGACCAGAUUUUGAAGUUGCCAAAGAAUCAUGGGAAUAAUUUAAAUUAAGAAAUGAUAGCAUUAUUGUUGAUAAUCUCUAUGGAUAAUAUAAGAGUACUUUAAGAUGUCCAAAUUGUAAUAAAAUAUCUAUUACUUUUGACCCUUAUUUAAUGGUCAAUGUUAGUAUUCCAUAAAAUGCUAUUAAAAAAUUAGAAAUUCAAUUUAUUGAUCCUAAUCUAUUAUGGGAUUGUUAGAGUCUCAUCUAUGCUUAUGAUAAAAAUCAAGAUCCUCCACUUGGUUAAAUUCUAUAAACUCCAGAAAUUUAAGAUAAAAUAUAAAACAUAAAUCCAUCUGAAUUAGUUUAUAUAUGUACAUCGUCUUAUUAAUGUGAUGAUACAAAUGAAAAUGAAAAAAUGUCAACUUUAAGAAAAAAAUUAAAAUACAAAAAAUUAUAUAUUAGAAAAGCAUUGCAAUCUGAACUCAAUAUAGAAAAAGAAAAUAAAGUUUGUAUUAUGAUUCAUGAAUCUUUUAAACAAAAUGCUUAAUAUCAAUGGAAAAGAGAAAUCACUCCUGCAUUUAACUUUUAUUUUGAUAAAACUAAAACUAAACAUAAUGAUAUACAUUAAUUUAUAUUUAAUAUUCAUGUUGGAGUAUUAAGUACUUUUGAAGGCCUUCCCUAAUAUGAUGGCAAAAAUUGGAAAGCAUAUUAUGAAGAAUAAAUAUUAGAUAAAAUUUAUUAUUUAGAAUUCAAAUCUAAUUAAAAUUGGUAAGUUGACUGUGCUUUUUGCAAUUCAAAGUCAUGCAAUGAUUGUGUUUGUGCAUAUGAUUAAGACACCUUAAUCGAAAAUUACUAUUAAAAAGAACCUAAAUUAGAAAUUGAAGUAUUUGUAGUUUGGAAGAGAGGAUUCAAAUCAACAAGUUAAGUUGAUGAAUUAUAUAAUGAUUGGUUAAAAUAAUAAAAAAAAUAAAUACAACUUGAAGAUUUACCAAAAUAAUAAACUGAUGAAUAAUAAUAAUAAUAAUAAUAAUAAGAGAUUGUUGUAGAAACAAAAAAAUAAUAAGAAGAUUUAUCUGAUGAAUAAUUAGCUUAAACAUAAAAUUUCUCUACUUGUCUUGUUCCUCUAGGACCACCAAUACCAACAAUUUAGUCUAUUAAUGUUCAAGCUACUAAUGAAAAAUCAAUGAAAUUAGGAGAAUGCUUGAAAUUCUCUGAACAACCAGAAUAAUUAGAUGAAGAAAAUACUUGGUAUUGUAAUUAAUGCAAAGAUCAUGUGUAUAUUAUUAUCAUUUAAAAUCUAUUAGUCGUGCUUUCAAAGUUAUGGAAAUCUACAAAACACCUAAAAUAUUGAUAUUCCAUUUAAAAAGAUUUAAGAACUCAAAUAAACUUUUCAAAAGCAAACUUGAAACAUUGAUAGAUUUUCCAAUCUAAGAUUUUGACAUUAGAGAAUUCGUAUAAAAUCAUCAUUUACCAUCACAAUUUACUACUGAAAACCCUGAAAAUCCAAGUAUAAAAACAUAAUAUAUUUAGAAUGUAACAAUCCAAUUUAUUAUGAUCUGUAUGCAAUAUCAAAUCAUUUUGGAGGAUUGGGUGGGGGUCAUUACACAGCCUUUGCUAAAAAUUACUACGAUAAUAUAUGGUAUAAUUUUGAUGACAGUGCAGUUAAUGCUAUCAGAGAAGAUUCUAUUAAUUCAACAUUAAUUACAAGUGCAGCUUAUGUAUUAUUUUAUCGUAGAAGAGAAUGAUAUACAAAAAGCAAAAAU